CCACUUCAACAUCCUCCAGAGAUUUUUCACAGCCCUUCUACUUCUUCGUUUCCUCCCGCCAAGUUGUCAGCUGUCAAUGAUCCAGGUCCUCCAGCAGUACAACCUGAAAAAGCGCUGACACUAGUUCCGGCAGCUCUGAUGUCUAGGCCUCCCCUGGCUGAUGCUAGAGCACAGGGUCGUCGGCUACAUCGUCGUCUCUGCUAUGAGAUCGGCUUCCCAGGCGAUGUCAGCUGCGUCCCGUUCAGUCCGUUAAGGUCAAAUAGUUCUCACCGGUCCGGCCGCUUCUCUGCAACCAGAACCACCAACGCUUACUUAACCCCAGCAUGCGGUACUCGAUGCCAGGACGACUCAUGUGGCUCUCCUUCAGCCUGGCAUAUCUGCGUCCACUGUCGCCAGCCCAGCGGUAUUCGCUUCACUGUUUCACCCUCACACGGAUCGCCCACACGACCUCAUAAGCCCACUUCUUCGUCACCCCAGCUCCCGUCUCACUCGAAUCCUCCUCUCUGUCCCCAUCAACUUCCUCUGCCUCAUCCUCAUCCUCAUCCUCAAUUUAAUUUAAAAGAUUCCUCUCAUUCGGCACUCCCAUCCCUGUCUGAUCGUCAAUCACCACCACCAGCCCCAUCACGACACUCUAGAGCCUUGUUAAAACACCGCCGGCACAUUUCGCCCUAUCGUAACCGCUCGUGUCACGCUCGUCAUCGUUCAACUAGUAAUCGUCGGCUAAUUUCUUCUAUCCAACCCGACCCAGAUAUUGCUCCACCAACAGGCGUCUGGUGUCUCCAAACCGGCUGUUUCACCGAGGCCUCUGGCCUCGGGUCGCAUAGAACGAUCAUCAGGAGGCAUCGCCGCCUCUCCUACGGGGAUCCUUGUUAUCAAGCGCGUUUACGCCAGUUCUUCGCCCAACGUCAUGACCUGCGACGGCAAUGCCAACAACAGCCAUGCUCACAUCUUUGUCACCAUCAGCAGCAGCAACCUAGUUGGCACAGGGACGCCGGCCAGUCGAAGACGCAAAUGAAUGACCUUAUCUGGCUACUGCCGUCUACGGGGCCCACUCUAAUGGGAGGUGAUCAAAUGCAGCCUUUGUUCGAGCCAAACAAAAAGAUACCGAAGCAAACGCAAUGGUCUCAUCCACCCGCUACUCCUGAAGGUUGGCUCAAUUCGAGCCAGCAUGAGUCUAGACCUCGAGUGACGGGUGUUUCAGAAUUGUCCUGUACGAUGAAAGAAGCCUGUGUGAGUGAACUUGAGGGUGCGGACAAGAAGAAACGGACGCCAGGCGUCAGGAUCAGUGACAAUCGAAGUAAGCUCAAAGGAAUCAAGUUGCUCGGGGACAAUGCUUUCACCUUGUCCUCCUGUAUUAAAUCAUGUCAGCCUCUUCAGCACUGCAAAUUAUCAUUUAGUAGGCUUGCCAUAUUUCUACAACCAUUUAGAUCGUAG